AUGAACUUGGAUACUCGUGCAGAGCUCUCUCAAUCGGUUCGUAUUCCGCACGACGAAGACAGCCAUGAGAGUAAUACAAGUUUGCUUGACAAUGGUAUCUUAGCGACAAGCUCCAAUCCAGUUCAGUUGGAUCAAGUUGACACUGAUUCUCAGCAGUAUAACUCGAUAGAGGAGACAAAAGUGGACAAGGAUAGCACUAUGGAAGAUAAUUCAAAUUACUACGAAGACCAACAACUGCUAACUCAGAUGCUUACUUCGCAUCAUGGUCACAACAACUAUUUACAGGAUACACAAGUUAUACAUAAUGGUGACGAGGUCAUAUCGAUGGAUAUCGAGGGGAAUUCUACCCAGAAAAGCAGGAUCAAUGAUGUGGAAGCUGGUAUAUCAGAUGAGAUACAAACCCAAGAGCAGAGUCCAGAUGCGACACUGACACAACCAGAUUUUGACGCGUUACCUGACACUCAACUUAUACCAAUGGAGGCAGAAUCUACUAAAUUCAAGCGACGGAGUAAGAACCUACUAAGUGAUUUGAAAGACACGCAGGUGAUUUCCAAUACGUCUCGCAAUGAUACUGGCAACCUCAAAGACACUCAGCCGAUAAACUUACACCCUCAACGGAGAUUUAGUGAUGCUAGGAGCAGGCAUGAAGAUUUGGGAGAGACUCAAGUGAUUAUCAAACGUCGACCUCAGAAACUCCCGGAUACGCAAGUAAUCAAUCAUGCUAACUGUGUACCGGAUUCCGAAAGUCCUGAAUCACUGGAGUCUGGUUACAAAGUAUUCGAUGCACCGAGGGAUAGGUUAAGCAAAAAGAAUGAACCCUUUGUCCGCUCCAAAUCCAAACUGUACAAGGAUCUAGCAGACACUCAAGUUAUUACUAGACAGAGAACCAACCAUCUGCAGGAAAAUCAGCCAAAUGGAAUCGAUGAGGAAAAUCCAUUUAUGGACUCACAAUCUCACCAAAUUGAUGUCAACAAUAUUCAACAAGCAUCACAUAGGCAAGUCAUACAUACACAAGAUGAAGCUGAUACUUCGUUGUUUGCACUGAAGCCUAGCACGAUGGAAGUCCAAACGGACGAAGAACGGGACUCUUCGCAUAGCAAAGAGGAAGAUAGUAAAGAAGAUGACAUCUUCAACGACUUGAAGGAAAGAAUAUACCGAGGGAACAAUAAUCAUAACAAGCGCCGACUUUCUCAUAGCCCCUUCAAGAUAAAACGCAGCAAAACCGCCAAUAUUGAAAAAUAUGGCGAUAGCCAUGAAAGUGAAAACUACUUUUCCGCCACUCCCAGUGACCGCAUUCAAUUGCGAAAUCAUACCGAGCCAUUGGUGUUUGCAUCACCAUUUGACAAGACCAUUUCUGUAUCAUCUUCCUCGCCAAGUAAAAAAGUUGCUGAUCAGCUGGUACGCACCGAUGAGGAUCAAACUCAGGCUGAUGUGACUAUUGAUGACAGGCUCGAUGUGAACAUGGAAGAGGAGAAAUUGGAAGACGAGUCAAGAAGUGAGUCGUCUAGUGAUUUGAAGAGUGCGCCCAUGCGACACGUUUCUCCACCCAGUUCUCCUGAUGAUAUUGACUCAAUGAGCUUGAGUGAGAGCGAGGAGGAGGAGGAGGAGGAGGAGGAGUACAAGGAGGAGACAGACGAAGACGCUGGAAACGAGAGUGAAACUAGCAAUGACAGAUUUGGUCAUACAAGUAUUGCUGAAAAGACUGCCUCAGACGAGCGCAGAAUCGUGCCGAAACGAAGAGUAAAUAACAUUGUUGAUUCACAAACACCCUCCUGUGGCAGUACUUUACCCCCAGAAGACGAUGAAUAUGUCAUUGCGGGAGUCUUGCGGAAGGAAAAAUCAGAUGUCAUCUACGAUGAUGAUAUUGUUUACCCAGGUAGCGUCUGGGCCACGUACAACUUGAAAAUGUACAGCGGAUUCAUCAGUGCAAGGUACAACGAUUACCUGAUUGUUGAAUUCGAUCAAGAAUCGUCGCGCAUCAAGAGUGAGGAUUUGAACCCUUUGGAUAUCAGGAUUGGCGAUACGUUGAAUGUAAAGGGCAAGCGAUUCAAAUGUGUCGUUACUGGAUUAUCGAUGGAAGACUCCCCAAAUGGGAUUCGAUGUAUUCGGGGAUACAACAUGGUGCAUGUCAAGAGGAACUCUAAACCUAAAUCUAAAUCUCGUAAAGCAUCGGAUGAUACUGAGUAUGUGUUUGGUGUAUCGCAAUGUUCGAUGGAAUUGGGUGAUUGGGUUAUGCAUCAACAGAAGUUUCAAAUCAGGCGACGGAGUAAAGGACACAACCAAGCUGAAGGUGAUGGUAGUGGUAGUGGUGCUGGGAAUGAAAUGUUUGCCGUCCCGAAUUCACCCAUGAACCACAUGGCAAGUGGUAGUGGAGUGGCGAACUUGAAAAUUACAUUACCAUCGACGCCUUUGAAAUUAUCUCGUCACUCAACAAUGUCCCGCCCGCUCAGUCCAUCUCCGAAAAGGGGCAUCAAUCAAAUCUCACGACUUUUCGCUGACAGAUUAUUUUGCAUUACAAAUAUUGAUGGGUCUAGAAAACACACGAUCAAAAGCAUUAUUGAAUCUAAUGGAGGCACUUUUUUGGAUACCAAUUUAAUGGACCUAUUCCAGUACUCGAAAAGACCACAAGCUGAAGGUAAUGGACUCUAUCUCAAAUCUUCCUACUCCAUCACUAACGAAUUGACAUUUGCAGCGUUGAUAUCGAGCAAUUAUUGCCGAAGUUCAAAGUAUUUGCAGGCUUUAGCUCUAGGCUGGCCCAUUCUAUCUGAAUGCUACAUUGACGAUGUCGUCAACGGUGUGGUUGGUAUAGAGCAAUGGCCAGCGUAUUGUUUGGCUGCUGGUCACUCAACAAAGUUGAAUGCGUUGGCUAAUUGUGACUUGUACAAGUUUCGUAGGAACUACGAGUUGGGCCAUUCGUUGGAAUUUCAAAUGGAUUUAAAGAGCCAUUUGUUAGCGGGUUACAAUGUCGUUAUUGCAUCGUCGAAUUUGCAGGAAUCGCACAAGAAAAGUGUGAUUGAGAUGGAUACUUGUAAAUUCAUCUUUCAUGCAUUUGGAGCAAGAUCUUUAAACUAUGCCAAUUUGCCAAUUAUCAAUUCCCAACGCGAUGGCGAUGGCGAUGGUGUAGCCGAUGACGAGUUUGUGCACUUGGUGAAAAAGUUGCAUUCAGAAGACAAUGGCGAGAUUCUAAUCUGUGAUUAUGGGAAUAACCAAGUCGCCAAACUGUUCUACUCUAUAGCUGAUGGUGCAUCCAAUCUGGCGAACAAGUCAAUCAGGAGACAUCACAAUCGACUAAAGAGACAACACGAAACUAUUGAGUUGAAGGUUGUUGAUUGGGAAUGGGUGGUGCAAUGUGUCAUCUCGGGCCAUAUCUGGCAACCUACUGCAACGAUCAAGAUUAAUGGAUGA